UAACCAAAUGUUAUAUUAUUAUCAACCCAGUUACAUUGCUCUUCCAAUAUAAAACAAUUUGCCCCCGUUUUAUGUUUUAAAAGCCAUGUUUGACGUGUCAGCUUGGGGACCUCUUUGCCCACCUCUCCAGAGAUUCUAAAAAAUAGUUCUAUUUGGAGUUUGGAAACCUAAAAAUGCUGAUUUAUUUGAUGCGAACGUGUGUGCCAGGGUCUAUCUCCAUCGCCAGCCAGAGAGACAGCUGUAAAUGUCGAACGAGACUUUUGACACGCAGACCCGGACACGACCCACGACAUUUUCUGUACUUCAAGAAAGCAAAAAAUAUACAAAACGAAAAAAAAAAAUACAAAAAACAACGGACAGCAGACCGUAGGAAGCGUGAAAUAUGAAAUGGGUAAUGGGUAAUGGUCACAGGGUUUUGGGUGUCGCCAGAAUCUGAGUGGAGGAGGCUUCUUCGCCUUCGCCUUCGCCUUGGCGUUUCAACUUGGACUGCGCCUGCGGCAUCGAUUGUCACGUUUGCAACAAAUGGCGCAUGGAACGCAAAGUGCAAAUGUAAUUCGAGUAUUUUACUUAAUUUCAUGUUACGUGCACAAUCGGCCAAAUCGCAAAAGCAGAAAGCACUAGCAAGAAGCUGAAGCGAAAAACCUUUUGGCUCGAAACUCCAAUUCCCGUGGCAGCUCUUUUUUUGGGUUUUGACACUGUCAUGGCCAAGGAUUGCAAUUGGAAAGUGCCAGCCUGGCAGCACUUGCAUUUCGCCAACAGCGACACCUUUUCCCAUUCGGUGGCAAACGCAUUUAUUAGCAUUUUUAUAUGACAUCAAAAUUUAUUUGACAAUUUUUCGAGUUUUCGCUAAAGGCGAGAGUUUUAAUUAAGCUUGAGAAUAGAGAGAGAGGUGAGUUUGUUCUGUAUUCUUUUUUGGCUAGAGUGCUGCCACUGGGAUUAAGCUCGGGGGAGAGAGGAGGUGGCAAGAAAACUUUUAUAAUUUUACUUAGCUCACUUUUUGUGGCUGGCUAGAUGGCUAGAUGGCUCUCUAUCCUUUGUUGUCGCCCGUCGUCGCCUAGGAAAGUUGCAUUCAAAAUUGCAAUUUUAUAUGCGCAACGAAAAAUGUCCCUCCUUUUCAAGUUUCGAAACAAUUUUCGACAGCCUUGACGGAUCAUUGAAUGGAUAAGUCCAGAGUUUGAGGAGGAGGUGGAGGUGGAGGAGGAGGCGGAUUUUGUGACAGGAAAUUUCAAAGUGCAAUUAGGAGUUUCAAUUGUUUUAAAUAUUCCAAGGAAUCGAUUAAGCGGCAAAUCAAUUUUACAGGAUUUUCUUUUGUAAGAGGAAAACUUAAAAGACAAUCAGAAAAACAAGAAAAGGAAAUGUCUCCAACCCAAAAGUUUGCCAUUGAAUCGAAAAUCAAUCAUUAUCAAGUUGAAAUAUAUACUUUUCAGGGCAAAAAGUAGGCUUCGACUUUCUCAAGUUUCUCAAAACUAAAUAAUCUUUCUACAAAAAAUGUCUGACUUUAUAUUCAAGAUCCUAAUUGUGGGGGACAUGGGUGUGGGCAAGUCCUCUCUCUUUGAUCGCUACUUGGAGGAUCGUUUCAAUCGAAUUUAUUGCCCCACCGUGGGCAUUGAGUUCAGUGUAUCCCACUUGGUGGUCUCUGGCAAGAAGAUUCAUCUACAAAUCUCUGAUGCCCCCGGCGAGGAACGUUACCAUGACAUGCUCCGGCAUUAUUAUCGCAAUUCGCAUGGUGUAAUCAUCGUGUACGAUACCACGUCUCUUGGUAGCUUCCGCAAUGUGAGCAACUGGCUAAAGGAACUGGGGGAAUUCUGUUCGAAGGGGGUCAACCUGAUGCUGGUGGGCACUAAAAGCGAUGAGCUGGAGAAGCGUCAGGUGACCCAGGAGAAGGCAGCCAGGUAUAUGGAGCUCUAUGGUCUCUCCUUCUACGAGGCAUCGGCCAAGAGUGGCGUUAAUGUGAAGAAUAUCUUUGAAUCCUUGGCCAGGGAGUGUUACAACAGGCAGAUGCUACAGCUUCUUUCUUUACCAGUAGCAAAGGUGGAUGAUGGAGAUGGAGAGGAGAGUCAGGAUCAAUAGGACAAGGAUAUGUUACUUUCUUUUAAAAUAUUUUUAUAAUUAUUGUUUUGUUUUAACUGAAUAUAUAAGCUUACCAAGUAGUUUUCCCAACUA